AUGGCUAUCGCUAAGAACAAGGGUCUCGCCAAGGCCGGCAAGAAGGGCAACAAGAAGAAGCAGGCCGAUCCCUUCCUGAAAAUAUCAACUGUAAAAAUGUCUGGGUCUGGAAGAAUCCAACUUGUCAUGCUGAUUUUAGAUUCUAAAAAAAUCUGUAUUGCAUGAGCAGCAAAUAGAGUCCAAGUCUUGCUACACGGAAAGAGCAUUUGUCAUGCGGUAUAGGCAUCAGGAAGCUCUCACAAAGUCUGUGAUGCUAGGGCAUGCAUCACAGACAUCAGGAGUUAUGCAAAAUGUGCAUGACAAGCCUGGCAAUCUUCCAGACCCAGACAUUUUUACAUUUGAUAGAAAAAGGUCUGGUACAACAUCAAGGCUCCGACCUACUUCAACUCCAAGGCCAACAAGGUCGGCCGUACGUGUGUCACGAAGACUCAGGGUACGAAGAUUGAGACCGAGGGCUUGAAGGGCCGCGUGUGCGAGUUCAACAUGGCCGAUGUCCAGGACGGGUCCGAGGACGGGCACAAGAAGAUCAAGCUGGAGGUCCAGGAGAUCCAGGGCAAGAACUGCCUCACCGACUUCCACGGUCUCAGCCUGACCAGGGAUAAGAUGUGCCAGAUGAUCAAGAAGAAGCACUCUUUGAUCGAGGCCGUUGCCGACUGCAAGACUCAGGAUGGUAAAAGACUUUAUAUUUAGAUUUGUGAGUAGGGCUGCAUUUUCAACGGGCAGAAAUUUAGAUGCGCAUGGUGCGCUAUUGCGGAGUGAGUGCGUCGUUUCUACUCAUUUUAGUAGUCGGUGUCAUCGUCAUGCGUCUUCGGACACAGAGCGAACCUAUAUGAAAGUGGCUUUGAAUAAUAUUGACCCGUCUUCAAAAAAAAUGAAAUUUGGUAUCAAACCCUAAACCACAGGCUACGUCGUUCGCAUCUUCGUGAUUGCCUUCACCAAGGAUGUCAAGGAGCACCAGGUUAAGGUUUUCACCUACGCCCAGUCCGCGCAGAUCAAGAACAUCCGUAAGAAGAUGGUCCAGACCGUGCAGCAGAUCGUUGCCCAGGGACAGCUCAAGGACCUGGUAUACUGAUUUUUGAAUUCACUUUUUUAUCUUCCUUCUUUUUCGGCUUUUGGGGUUUUAGGAUUUAGAAGUGCACCUUAUCUUGCGGUCAUGUUAGAGAGACUUCUUCUGCAUCUGAGCGAGCUUUGCAUUUCAUGUACGGAGCGACUUCUGCGAGCGACGUUUCGAGCCAUAAGUUUUCCAUGAUGAAUGACUGUGCGACGAGGGAUGUGUCGUGACAAAAUUUUCUAUCGAAGUCACCCUUUCAAAUUUCCAAAAAACAGGUCAAGUACCUCGUGAUCGACAAGAUUGAGGGUGACAUCAAGACCGCCACCAACCGCAUCUAUCCCCUGGACCCGGUGCACAUCCAGAAGGUGAAGAUCGUCAAGAAGCCGAAGUUGGACAUCGUCAAGCUGAUGGAGAUCCACGACUCCAACGAUGCUGGUGACGAGGGUGUCGCCGUCGACGCCACCGAGCCGGAAGAGGCCAAGAACUUGCUGGCCGCCUAAGUUAUCCUGGAGCAGUUACGUUUUACCUGUAAAACAACUCUCACUGCAAUUUAGGAUACUUCUUGAUGCGAUCGUGCUGUUGUUGUGUCUGUAUUGGAAGAGGAGAACAAGUCUUUUUUUGGAGGCCAACAAGAGACGAAAUCUUGUCUGCACUUUUUAAACCGCGGAACUUGCUUUUGGAAAGCGAACAGAAGAGGUUGUUGUAAAAAUGUGG